CGGAGAUCAUGGUGUUCUACUUCACCAGCAGCAGCGUUAACUCAUCUGCUUACACUAUUUACAUGGGAAAGGAUAAAUAUGAAACUCCCCAAAGCUGCCUCCUCUACUGGGAACACUCCAGGGCUGAUGACUCUGCCUAAGUAGCCUGAGAGCUGGCUAAUUCACUACAGUCACCUUUCUUUAACCUUCAGAUGAGGAUCUAAUAAAGUAUGGCUGGCCUGAAGAUAUUUGGUUUCAUGUGGACAAACUCUCUUCAGCUCAUGUAUACCUUCGAUUACAUAAGGGGGAGAACAUAGAAGACAUUCCAAAGGAAGUAUUAAUGGAUUGUGCCCAUCUUGUGAAGGCCAAUAGCAUUCAAGGCUGCAAGAUGAACAACGUUAAUGUGGUAUACACACCGUGGUCUAACCUGAAGAAAACGGCUGACAUGGAUGUGGGACAGAUAGGCUUUCACAGGCAGAAGGAUGUGAAAAUCGUGACAGUGGAGAAGAAAGUGAAUGAGAUCUUGAACAGAUUAGAAAAAACCAAACUGGAGCGGUUCCCAGACCUAGCAGCAGAGAAGGAAUGCAGAGACCGAGAGGAGAGGAAUGAGAAAAAAGCCCAAAUUCAGGAAAUGAAAAAGAGAGAGAAGGAAGAGAUGAAGAAGAAGAGGGAAAUGGACGAACUUAGGAGCUAUUCAUCACUAAUGAAAGUUGAGAAUAUGUCUUCAAAUCAGGACGGCAAUGAUUCAGAUGAAUUCAUGUGAAUGGAGAAAUGGACCUUUUAAAGAUGUGAAUUUAGGGACAGUUGCAGAUGUUUUGAUGUCAUCCAUGUUCUGAAUUAUGAAAAACAACCAAUCUUCAGUCUACACAAAUAUCAACUUGGGAGUUUAAAAAAAUUUUGUUCCCUUUUUUGAUGACAGAAAAGGAUCAUAUAUAUAUAUAAUCAGAUAUAGUUGGACUUGAAGACAGAAUAUAACUUUAGGAAAGUGAAAAUAUAUGUGCCUGAACAUGUCUUGGUAGCUCACGAAAGUUGGCUGCCCUUGUUCUUGGGAUAGACUUUAGAACAAACCAACUCUGAAAAGUAUUUCUGGUACUGUGGUCUGUCCCUGAAAACAGAUGUCUUAAAAAGCUUUUCAUAUUCUUAAAAUAGCUUCACUUCUCUUCAGAAGAAGGUAUUGGUGAGCAAUAUAUAGGAACGUUCCUCUUACCCUCGAUUUCCUGAUUAGAAAAAGAAGCAUAUGGGUUUUAAAGAUGAUAGUGAUAUUUUCAUUCAAGUUCCAUUGUGUUGUCUGAGUCAAUUAGCAGAGUUGUCCUCUGCUCUCAGCUUGCCCUGGCUUAUACAUUCUUCAUCCUUAUUAUCUCUGAGUGAGGGCCUCUAUCUAAGGUACCAUGAGACUUAAAUAAAUAGUUGGUGUUAAUCUAGGUUAGACCAUGUGGCAGUUUUUACCCGAACACCAAAUAACCCAAGCCACAGAGAUUACAACUUCCAGGCCCUGGAGUUAUUUCUCAGCCCUGAGGGGAGAAGUAGAAGGGAGGCUACCUGAUUUUUGUCUUGGAAUACAGUAUAAAGCAGAAGUCCCAUGUUGUAAUUAUGAUUUUAAAAAGAAUUAAGCCUUUCACUAGCCAGCCAAGUAGUUUGUUUAUUUACCUUGAAAUAAUAUUUAUUUUGAGUUGUAACCCAAGAGUUCAGAUUUCUCCAUUGUAGACUCAGUAAUUUAUUAUGUAACAGUACUACUCAUUCAAACCACCUGCUUUCCAGUGUGAUUUUGAAUAGAAGAUAUAUUUUUAUUAAAGUGUGUAAGGUAACCCCCUGCAGAAAGAAACAAGAACAAAGCCUAAAGGCUAGGAGGCAUACAAAUUCACAUUUUAACCACACCCAGAAGUGUACAUGGAGCAUUCUUGUUCUAACACAGCAAAAAUGACCUCUAACAAAUUUUCUAUCUGUAAUAGCACUUUGGAACUGUGGCUAAAACCAAAAGACUUCAGUGUUUCUAUGUAUCUCAAGUUGGGGUAUGGGGUUGAACUGGAAAAUUCUCUGAGGCAUAAGUUGGCCAAAUUUUGAGACAGAGUUUGGGAGACAAUUCCAGAAAUUAAUGUUUGUGUGUGUGUCUAAUGAUAUUCAACCUGGAGUCAUGUGAUUUAAAAAUGUAAUAAUAAAGAAUCUUUUUUUAUUUGGAAGGAUAGUAUUAGAAUUUGCUUGUUAUCUCUGUCCCCAAGCUGGUUUUAAGGGGGCUCUGGCUAUAAAAAACACACAGCAAAAAACGUCACCUGUCAUAGGCUCAAUCUCUGGCCAGUUCUACAGGGGUAUCUUCUCUCUCACUGAUAACUGUCUUCCCCAGAUGCCCACCGGGUCAAAGUGGUGACCUUUCCCAGACACACUGUUGAUGGAUGUUGGUAGUAGCUGUGCUCUCCAGCAUCACCUGUGUCACCUCAACUUUCUACUGCUUCUGAAGGACUCCUCUGUACCCCAUGUUACAGCAUGUAGUAGAUGGAGCCUUUGAAAGCUACAUCUAUUUUUGCUAGAGUUUAAGAGUCCCAAGGGUCCAAAUUUUAAACGCUUUAUAACUUUCAGCUUUAAAAUGUCAAGGCCUCUCUUCCAAAUUCUCCAAGUUGAAUUCCCAGCUCUCAAACCUUUUCAGCUGCUCUGUGCUGUUUUCCUCCUACCUCUGCCUGUGUGUUGGGUAGUUUUUCCCCACAGCUCUCUUGGACCCAGAGAAAGCAAGGAUCUUUUCUUCUGAGAACAUGACAGUACCAGCAGGUCAGACUGUUGGCUCUGAAGUCAUCUCAUUUCUUGCUGUUGACAUGUUUCCUAAACUUCCUAUCAGAAAAUUCCAAAUUAUUGGUAUUUUUAUGAGCUGUGCCCUUGAUCAGAUUCGUGCAUCUUGAGGAUUUCUCUUUCCAACUCUGUCUCCAGUUUCUGUACUCAGAUGUGCAUGCAGGUAAAAUUCACUUUGUCAUUUAAUUUAUUUCACAAACUGCUCUGUUACAUCCCUAUAGCUUUAGAAUUUGUUUCUUAUCCACCUUUGUGCACCUAAGUUACAACCUUUGGGCAAGAGCUUUGUCACAGAGCUUGGGAAGUUUACCAACAUAUGGAAGGUUUGUGCAUUAGGAGGCAGCCAUAGGCUGUAGCUGACUGAACCCUUUCAGUAUCUUCUGUUACAUUGUUUUUACUUUCUUGAAGCGAGGGUUUUGGUGAGACUUGUAACUGUUUAGUGCCAACAGUUUCCCUCAGGAAGGAGGGUGAGCACACAUACAGCAAGAUUAGAGAGGGCGAGUUCAGCUCUGGCCUCCAGUUUCAGAACAAAGCUCUUCCUCCACUUUUGCACCUGUCUGAGAGGGGUUGCUCUCGUUUUCCAGGCUGGAAUAGGUUAUGGGAAAAACUGAGCAGGAUGGAGAAAUGGAAAGAACACCUGUCCGGUUUUUCCUGAGCUGUGAAUUGAAGCCUGCUCUUUCUCAGAUUUGAAGUAUGGCGCUGUGUAUAACAUAUCCCAUACUCAGAAUGAUCUACUAGAAUGAGCGGGUGACCUUUUGAUUUUAAAGUAGACUGUAAAACAAUCAAACUGUAAUUAAAAGUGUGAAAUUAGAAACUUCAAGUCCAAGCUAAUUGUCAGUCUCGACCCAUCUAACUCCAGCAAGCAUGUGGCAGCUCAGAAAUGAGGGCAGCACUGCUCGUGCCCAACAGGCUCCCGUUCCAGUUCACUGAGUGGGAGCUCUUCUCUGCCCAGCACAUGGCCUAGCACAGGCAAGAGACUUUAUGUGCAUUAUAUCAUUUCACAAAUGAGAUGGUGCCAACUGCCUCUUGAUCAUGUCCUGGAUGAAUGAUAUGUAAAAUAUAAUAAAAGCUUCUAGUUUAAGUAAAA